CGAGCAUGUUUCUGAAGCGGACCGCCAGCUGUCAAAAUUUUUCCGUUUAUCAAAACUGGACGGAGUUCAACCCGUUUCCCGCGGAACUGAGAUUUUACAGUGGUUAUCAUUUGCGAAUAUGGUCGUUAUGCGGUUCACACAAUAUUAUCACAGCUAGUUUCUGAACUGCAUCUACUUCUACGUCGGAUUUCAUCAUCAAACAUGGAGAAAUUUGAAGGCUACAUCUUCACUGCUCUCUGCAGCACCAACUUUUUGAUAUCCUGCCUGCUGUUCUCCAGAGUCACUCGGGAGCAAAGGGAGCCAUACAUGGACGAGAUUUUUCACGUCCCCCAAGCUCAGAAAUACUGCCAUGGAAAAUUCAACGAGUGGGACCCGAUGAUCACCACUCUCCCAGGCCUUUACCUUGCCUCUGUGGGAGUCAUCAAGCCCGUGGUGUGGCUCGCUGACCUGACAGGUGCGGUGGUGUGUUCCACGGCCAUGCUGCGCUUCAUCAACCUGCUGUUCAACUGUGGCAACCUUUACCUGCUCUAUCUGCUCAUCUGCAGACUGCACCUCAGGGAUAAGACACGAACAACGGCACGUCGAGUCCUCUCAGCUCUGUCUCUGUCCACUUUCCCCGUGCUCUACUUCUUCAACUUUCUCUACUACACCGAUAGCGGAUCUACUUUCUUUAUCCUGUUCACCUACCUCAUGACACUCUAUGGCUGCUACAAGGCUUCUGCGUUCCUCGGCAUCUGCUCUGUGCUCUUCCGCCAGACCAACAUCAUCUGGGUGGCUUUCUGCGCAGGCACGUUGGUGGCAUCCAAAAUGGAUGAGGCCUGGAGGGUGGAGCACACCAAAAAGAGGGAUGAGAGGUCUCCUCCGUCCCAGGUUCCUCUGUCAUUCAGUGGAGCUAAGAAAGUGAUACAUUUCACACUGGAGUUCUUCACAUCACCCAGUCACAUGAAGGCAGUGCUGCUGGUCGCCUGGCCUUACGCAGCAGUUGGCGUGGGUUUCCUAUUGUUCGUUGUGCUUAAUGACGGGAUAGUGGUGGGUGACAGGACAAGCCACGAGGCCUGCCUCAACUUUCCCCAGCUCUUCUAUUUCUUCUCCUUCACCCUCUUCUUCUCCCUCCCGGUCUCACUGUGUUACUACCGCAUACUGCGCUUCCUCCAAGCUCUGAAAAAACAGCCAUUUUUCUUCCUCAUCAUUGCUGGCAUUUCCCUGAUCCUGGUGUGGAAGUUCACCUUUGUCCACAGGUACCUCCUGGCAGAUAACCGUCAUUACCCCUUCUACGUGUGGAAAAAGCUCUUCCAGAGACACGAGCUCGUGCCCUUCCUCCUCGUCCCUGUGUACGUGUUUGCAGGGUGGAAUUUUCUGGACUCCUUCAGAUCGCGCUCACUCUUCUGGACUUUGGCCUUCCUGGCGUGCCUCCUUGCUGCCACCGUGCCCCAGAAGCUGCUGGAGUUCAGGUACUUCAUCGUUCCCUACCUGAUGUACCGCCUGCACAUGCCUCUCCCCUCUCUUCCCAGACUCAUUGUGGAGUUCCUUCUGUACACGGUAGUCAACGCUGGCACACUUUACAUCUUCAUUAAUAAGACGUUCCACUGGCCAGACAGCACAGCCACGCAAAGGUUCAUGUGGUGAACAAAAGAGACAAGGGAGGUAUCUGAUAUUAGGAGAUUCCAGACUGAAAACAGAAUGUUAGCAUUGAAAGCACAGCUCACAUGACAUUACAGCACAGAUGAGAACAACCUCGCUCAACAACCUUGUAAUCUGAAGUUUGCUGCUUAAGGUUUUUAGGGUUGCAUUUUCAGGGCUACAAACCCUGCAUCAGGACUGUAAAUUUACUGUGAAUCAAUUCACAAUUACAUGAAAAUGUCCAUCAGUGUUCAAAUAGAAUUCAUUUAGUAAAAAAAAAAGAAAAAAUCUUCCAGUUUUUGGCUUAGAAAUACACCGGUAAUAACAGCAACCAGUCUAUAAUGGUUGAUAAUUUUCUGAAUUAUAAUGUUCUGUUUUGAUGUGUAUAAAAGUUGUUUCUACUGUACAUAAACAAUCUUUGGUUGAAAUGUUCCUCUUUCUUCAGUUUGGAACAAUAAUCAUGUACUUUUGCUGUUUCUGGGGGUUUACAAGGCUCUGUGUGGUUUUCUUAUGGCAAACUGCUUUGUACUUUAAAUGUAAAUACUGAGCGCAGUUCAGUGAAUCCAUUGCUGGUGAAAUAACUCUUGAUAUGAGCUGUAAAUAUGAUUUAAUGAGACCAAAAAUGGCAGCCAUAUUGUAAAGAAUUUUUAUUGUCUGGGAUGUUUUUGUAAUUACCGAGAUUUUUGUUUUUUGAUGGAAGAAUCUGACCCACAGACAACUUUAUAAUUAUUAGACUAAAUUCAUUUUUAACUAUAAUCAAGCCAUAAAGAUACAGUGGAGGCGAUUCAGAAAUGUUUUCAUUUGUUGUUAAUGUUUUCGUCAUGAAAUUUAUUUCUGUGCACUUUGUGGUUUAAUGAUAAUCUUGCUGUUUGUGUCCCCCUUUUCUUCACUCUUUUCAUUGCGCCUGGGGUGUGUGUUUAUGUCAUGUUUUUAUUUUUAUUUUUUUCUGUAGUUAGAUACAUAAGGUUUAAUGAUGAUGUUAACAACAGGAUCUGAUUGCAGGUUGGGUUUGAGACCCUCCAGGUUGAAUUCAGUCAUUUCAGUUCAUUUUUGUAUGUGACUUUGUAUGACUCACUCAGAUAAUAUAUCAUCACAGAUUUCUUUCAGCACCAAUCCCCUUUUCUGUUUGCUCAUUUGUCUGAUGCUUGUGUUACAAAUUUAUUGUCCAUACAGUUGUGUGUUCCUGUCAUGCUGAUACAAUCUUGUGUAUAUCUUUGAAUAAAAUGAGUCAAAUAA